CUUCUCCUUCCCCCCUUAUCCCCCCUUCACGCCCGCCUGUUCCCCGGGCAGCUCCCCGCGGCGUCCCGCCCUUCCCCUGGAGACGGGAGUGCACAGCGGAGCCGCGGAUAACCCGCCUGGGCCUGGGCGGAGGGGUUCGCUCCCUCCGGGAACAGCAUAUUGAAGUAUGUCUGGAAGUUUCUACUUUGUGAUAGUUGGUCAUCAUGAUAAUCCCAUAUUUGAAAUGGAAUUUCUGCCUCCUGGAAAAGUAGAGUCCAAGGAUGAUCAUCGCCAUCUCAACCAGUUCAUUGCCCAUGCGGCUCUUGACCUGGUAGAUGAGAACAUGUGGCUUUCUAACAACAUGUAUCUGAAGACUGUGGACAAGUUUAACGAAUGGUUUGUUUCUGCUUUUGUCACAGCUGGACAUAUGAGAUUUAUAAUGCUUCAUGAUGUAAGGCAAGAAGAUGGAAUUAAGAACUUCUUUAAUGAUGUAUAUGACUUGUAUAUAAAGUUUGCAAUGAAUCCAUUUUAUGAACUCAAUUCUCCUAUUCGAUCCAGUGCCUUUGAAAGGAAAGUACAGUUCCUUGGAAAGAAACACCUUUUGAGCUGAAUAAAUAACUUUCCUGAGUGAGUGUUUUUUCCCUACUCUCCUAAUUAUUAGUACUGUAGUUCGUCUGGUUAGUUCUCUGCACGUUUGAUAUUCAUCUUUCUGAAGAUUGAGAAAUUGGAUGCUGAAGAAGUUUUUUGUGGCUUUUUUCUGAUACGAAUAAUAACAACUAAGCGUCUCUGGUUAAAAUGUGUAUCAGUAACUUUCCUUUUAUGUGUUAUGAAAAGCAAGUUCAAAAAUGUCAGGGCUGAACAAGUACUAACUGAAAUAUGGAUGUCAAUGGGUAUGCAAAAUACAAGCUGCAUGUACAGGGUGGGAGGAAAUCAGAUCUAAACACAAAAGACAUCUCCAGUCAUGUGAUUAAAUAUGAGCAAAAGGGGACUCUUGACUGUUCAGACUAAAUAGCUAAUUGUGUUAUAAAGCUUUCUAUUGAUAGUCCUUUGCUAGGCAAUUAAUGCUGUAGACUAACCAGGCUAACUUGACACUUGGUGGUAUUAAAUCAGGUCUAUAUUAAUAUUGUAAUGUGUAGUAUAUGUAUUAUGAAGUGCUAAAUAAAAAGGAAAGAGGCUGUAUCAGCAAAGCUUUGUCUUUAGUAUUUCAGGAGGUUUCGAGAAAAAGAACCCUUACUUUUAAAACUUACAUUU